CUGACAGCGGCAGGCGCAGGAACACAAACUGACCUUCUCCGCGGCCUCGUCCUGGAGCCAGGCGAGGACCUUGAAUGUUUUUUCAACAGCGGUAUUUGAUUUUCUGCGUUUGUUUUAUUGUACGGACACACAGCCAUGCCCACAACGCUGGAAAUCCCUUCAGUGCAGGAGCUGAAAGUGGAUGAGAUCAAUGUGUCAUCUGCAGUGCUGAAGGCUGCUGCACACCAUUAUGGCUCCCAGUGUGACAAACCCAACAAAGAGUUCAUGCUCUGCCGCUGGGAGGAGAAGGACCCCAGAAAGUGUCUAGAAGAAGGGAGGAAAGUCAACGAGUGUGCACUCAACUUCUUCAGGCAGAUCAAGGGGAACUGUGCUGAGUCCUUCACUGAGUACUGGACCUGUCUUGAUUAUUCAAACUUGGGGGAACUACGCCGUUGCCGUAAGCAGCAGCAAGCCUUCGACAGCUGCGUCCUUGAUAAGCUGGGGUGGGAGAGACCUGAGCUGGGAGACCUGUCUAAGGUGACCAAAGUGUCGACCACGCGGCCCCUCCCUGAGAACCCCUACCAUUCUAGACCACGUCCUGAGCCCAACCCGGUCAUCGAGGGCAAACUAGAGCCUGCCAAACAUGGCAGCAGGUUAUUCUUCUGGAACUGGUGAGGCAGCUCCAGAAAGUCAGUCACCUCCCAAAGCCAUGCGCUCUGUUCAAAAACAGCUUGGCCGCUUGUGACCACUGGCGUAUCAAUGGUUCUUUAAAUGGUUUAAAUCUCUCAGGUGCAGACACAAGCAUUAAGGAUGCUGGUUUUGGCAUCUUUAUGUGUGUAAGGUCUGAGGGUUGGUUUUGGACAGGGCUCAUGUCCUAACAGUCUCUUCAUCAGUUGUACCUCCAGCAUUGUCAAACGUUUGAGAAGGGAAGGAUUGUGUGAACAAAGUCCAUGAAUCCAUGCAGCUUUCCUCACCACGUACGUAAUUGUAAUAAUUGAACAAAUGCAACAUGAUGUUAUUGCUGUCAUACAAUAAAGUGAUAAAUUAUA